AUGAUGAGAAAGUCGGAUGCGCUGGGUCUAGACCGACCGAAGGUAAAUGGUGGCAGUGUUUUGCCAAAAAACAUGUCAUUCCCUGAUUCAAUACGUUUGGACCCAAUUCGACUACCGCGUCCAACUAUUCUACGCGACGAUCCACCCCUUACUGACAUCAGCAGCCGACAACAGGACGUUUCGACGUACCCAAUUGGUCACUUUCGUACGCCGUAUGGAGCGUAUGCGGCCACCUACUCACCACAGUCAUUUCCAGAACAUAUAAGAUCUCGUCAUCUGAGUCCCGUCAAUGCACUGGAUACGUCCAAUCAGCCGGCACCCGUGAACGUGACGUAUUCUGGACGUUUGGUCACUGACCGAGUGCCACUGACUGAAGUUUGGCAACCAAUUCAACCUGACCCUUAUUUUUCUGACCCGCCAAUACGGACAACUCCUCCGAUUCCCAGAAUAACGACUUCUCCUCAGCAAGCAAACUCUCCCGUGCCAGCCGUGACAGGAACAACAGCAACGGUGACUGAUGCGGUACAGAGCUCCUACCAGUCAGCCGACCGAGCAACAAUUCGGGCUCGAGCCCUUUCCCGCAACUCGUUCCUCGGCUAUCAGCGUUUCAUCUUCCUAAUGGCCCGAUAUCCAGCUCUAGUGAUGGCUAUGGUGGCCUUGUGGAAUGUCACGGGACGAGGUAAAGGGAUGGCUAAAACCAGCACAGAAGAGAUCGCUUUCUAUGCUGCACUGGCCACCGCUGGCGUCGUACUGAUUUCACAAAUGCUGCUGCACAGCAAUCAUCACGGGUCCUACAAGAAAGCUCGGGCUAUGAGCUUCCUGUACCACUUCGCUAUGCUUGUGGCGUUCUGUACUGCUGUGGUUUCUGUGGUGUUCGCUGCGAUCAAUCUCAACAACUUCACAUCGGAAAAAACCCCUGCCACGACAUGCAAGUAUAAGCCAUGUUACAGUAACCGAGAACGACUCACCUACUUAGCAACUCUCGUAGGUUGCGGUGGAGUAAUCGUAUUGCUGGCGCUUGCCACUUUCUUAUAUGGAACUAUCGGAAUAAAUGUGUUGAAGAAACGCCUCGCUGAAGAGUACAGGAAAGAAGCCAGUCAACGUAGUUAUGAGAAUAAUGCCUUCCAGUACUAA